GAAAAGAAAAGAUGGGGAGAGCGCCAUGCUGUGACAAAGCAAACGUGAAGAAGGGGCCAUGGUCAACUGAAGAAGAUGCUAAACUCAAAUCUUAUAUUGACACUUAUGGAACUGGUGGCAACUGGAUUGCUCUUCCCCAGAAAAUAGGGCUGAAGAGAUGUGGGAAGAGUUGCAGAUUGAGAUGGCUGAAUUACUUGAGGCCUAAUCUUAAACAUGGUGGAUUUACUGAUGAAGAAGACAACAUUAUUUGCAGCCUCUACAUUAGUAUAGGCAGCAGGUGGUCGAUAAUCGCGGCGCAGCUUCCGGGAAGAACGGACAACGACAUCAAGAACUACUGGAACACUAGGCUGAAGAAGAAACUCCUCGGCAGGCGAAAACAAUCCAACAACAACAACACAAUCAACAAUAAUCGAGCGUCGAACAUUAAUAAUAACUCGAUCCACAACCAGCCGAAAGACAACAACCACGUCGCAAAUUACGACGAUCAUAGUUUGCCGAAUUAUCUCAUGAGCAGCUCAGCCAUUGAAAGGUUACAGCUCCACAUGCACCUACAAAACGACAACGACCCGUUUUCGUCGUACAAUAACCGAUCCCUCUGGCCGAAACUCAGUCCCCUCCAACAGCGAAUGAUCAACGAAACCCUAAAUUCCAUCAACCACAAUCAAAACAACAUUCUCAUGCAGCAACAAAUUAACAGCUUGAUCUUUCCUCUGAAUAAAGAAACGAAUAUCGGUGUUAGUAUUCAAGAAUCGGGUACCGUGGGCCCUGCGGAUGGUGGAAUAGUUCAUCGGGGUUUCUGUGAAAGUGAUCGAGUUGACGAUGAUUUGAUCAACAACAACAACAACAACAAAUCAACUUCUGGAUUUUUUCAGACAGGGAAUUAUUAUUAUAAUAGUAAUAAUAAUAAUAAUAGUAUCCAGGUGGCGGCUGAUCAUCAGUUUGAUUGUUUUAAGGAUGAAAUGGAUGGGUUGAUCAAGGGAGAGAAUGCCGUUGCGUGGACGUGGCCGGGUGAGUUUGAUGUGAACUCGACAUCGUCGAAUUCGUGGGAAGAUUCGUCGUCUGCGGCAACUAUGAUUCAUCAUCAGUCUGAAGGAAUUUAUGAUCAGGAUUUUGGUAAUAUGGGAUAUAUAUAGCAGUUCAUGCAGUACUAUCUUUAAUUAGGGUUUCAAAUUUGUUAUUAGUCAAUUCAUAAAAGAGGGUGGGAUAUAUAUAUUUGUGGAGAAGAGAAUAAUUGUGUUUGUAAAUUGUGUGAAUAAUGUUUAUGUACUUUACUUUUUUAAUUAUCUUGUAAGAAAAUUUGUAGCUACAUGGAUUAAAUUUUAACUAAAUGUUU